AUGGUUCACGUCCAUCGUUACUGUCUCGUGUUGUUCUUCGCCGUAACAAUUGUCGUCUCUACCGCAACACGACAGACAAAGAAACAGGAGACUUGGGAGGUGGAAUCAGAUGGUUCCGUCUCUAAAAAACCGUCACUUUCGUCCACCGACGACUUUUUAACGGACGAAAAACAAUACGACCACCGAAAAAGUAUCCAUUAUGAAGACGACUGGGAAGUAGCACACAACGUCUCGUCACUCUCCUUCUUAACAGCAUCUGAAGCUUUUCUGACGCUAGAAACUCGCCUUGUACACGAGGGAUAUACUGCUGAUAUCGUGGCAGAACUGUCGACAAUGGUAAAGUCUUAUCUAGACACGGAGAAUCCCGUGACAACGGAUGAUUGGGCCUUUGCAGUGACAAAGUUGUCGUACAAGCAGCUUUUUGAACCAAAUGUCAAGUCGUCAAAGGAACAGCCUUUUAUUGAUGCUGUGAAUAAUCUGCAUGUUGCAGCAACGACAGGUGUUCAAUCAGCACUUGGUGUUUUGGCUGUAUUUGAUCUCAUUGGUAUUCCUGAACCUGAAGAGAUGGAGGACAGGAAUCGACUUCGAUUGUCGAGGCAAGAGAAACACGCUCGUGCGGACAAGAAACUGGUGGAAUUGUCGGAGGUUCACGACUUUAUGGCUACUUUAGCUGUCGCGUACGGAACUCUAUCGGGGAGAAUCCCAGUGGUAAUGAAAAACGUUGAGACGGGGGCACGUACUGACCCGGACGCGGUUUGUGAAGCGGCGUUGUCCCUCUUUUACAAAUGUGCAGAAGAAAAUUUACGUGUCAUUGGUGAUGAAGGUGGCGAGCGACCUGUGGAAGUUGUACGUCUUUCGGAUGAACUAUUAUACCCUACAGGAGGUGAUAGUUUUCACGAAUACGGUGAUGGAGGAGUCGAUUGGCUUCACGACGAGAACAAUGCACUUCAGGAGCUCGAGAAUUACCUCACCAUUGCCAAUAAUCCCCUGGACGAGCUGUAUCCACAAGCAAUGCAUCGUCUUGGUGAAAUUUAUUUUUUUGGUAACCCUGCGGCUCACAUAGCGGUAGAUCGUGGACUUGCAGCGCAAUACUUUCGCCAAGCAGCGGACGCCGGUGAUGCUAUGGGCCAGGCCAACUAUGGCAUGCUUCUCGCUAACGGUAUCGGCGUGAACCGCGACGUAGCACAAGCUCUUGUGUAUUUCAACCGCUCAGCUCAGCAAAACGAAGCGUUUGCGUUUCACGGUCUUGGUGAAUUGUAUUUUACUGGAAAUGAAGUGCCUCAAAACGUGACAAGAGCACUCGAGUAUUUUGAAAAGGCUAUUGCAUUUGGCUACACUGAAUCGCAUUCGUUUCUAGGGUCCGUGUAUCUUCAUGGUGAUGAAGGUGUACCAGUUGAUUACAAAGCAGCCUUCUCGCAUUUUCAAGCGGCUAUUGAAGGUGCAGGCGGCCAGUCGAGUCAGGCUUUAUUCGAUUGGGGUGUAGUGCACUAUCAAGGCAUUAACACACCACGGUCUUGUCAAACUGCCAUGCCACUAUUUCGAUCGGUAGCUCUGCAUCCCGAUUUGCUUUCGGGGCUUCCGUUUUCGCUGGUUAAAGCGUAUGAAUGCUACAAGAAAGGCGAUUAUUUGCGUGCAUACUUGCACUACCGACUAGUUGCAGAGCUAGGGGAUGAAGACGCACAAUGCAAUGCUGCUUUUCUACUAGAGCAUCAUGGCGAUAGCAUCCUUAAGUGGCAGUGGCUGGGACUUGCAAAGUCAACUACGGACGCAAACAACUUGGCGUUGCGUGAAGCCUUCACGUUGUAUUCGCGAGCGGCGGCUUUGAACGACUCUGAAGCUGUUCGAAAAACUGGUGCGUGCUACCAUGAACCUUGGGUUGGUGUGUGCCCGAGCAAUCACACACGUGCACUAGAGCGCUAUGAAUUCGCAGCUCAACUAGGUGACGUACACGCUGGUUUCAAUUGCGGUUUGAUGUAUCUGACAGGUGACGGCGUUCCGCGAGAUCUCGCCGCUGCUCGAAGAUACUAUGCAGAGUGCAGUAAAGCUGUGUUCCCUGCAAACGUGCCAUGCGCACUUGCGCUUGUGGGGAUAGAUAUCAUGCAGGCUGUUGGAGCGGUUGUGCAGAAGAUUUGGGUGGAUGGUCUUUGA